CUGAGAACAUAAGAGGAUGUUUGGAUAUGAUCUUUGGAUCACAAGUUUUUUUGUCUCUUGUAAGCAAAUUAUUGGUCUCCUGAGAAGAUGAAGCUUAUACUUGCUAUUUCUGUGAUUGUUGCCACACUCUGUGUCCUGGCAGAGCCCAGCUCAGCUGACUCCAGUGAUCCUACUGUCAAGGAACGCUUUGAUAACUUUGGGGAAACAGUAAAAGAUGCAGUGAAAAAUUUUGGUGAGAAGGCAAAAUCGGCAAUUACACGAAUUCAUGAAAGUGAACCUUUAACCAAAGCAAGGAGCUGGUUUAGCGAGCAGUUUCAGAAAAUAAAGAACAAGGUUUCAUCAUCUGAUUGAGUGAACAGUUUCCCAGUGGAUCCAGCUCUAAGAAACCCUAUCUCUGUUCUGCUUCUCUCCCAUUAUCUGCAGUUACGUUCAUGUUAGAAUACUGCAAUAACUAACCUAAUGCUAGAAUACCAAUAAACAGCCUUAGUCACCCGA